GCGGUUCAGUCCUGUGUGGUUCAAGCCAGCGUAGCCACCAUGCAGAACCCAAUGGGCUGCGACGGCAGAGCUAACGGCCACUGCGUUGUUCCGCGCCUCUCCAUCUCCUCGCGUUCAGCCAGUAUGGUCACCGGGUUGGAUUCUGGAGCGGAUGGUUCUGCUCUUCACUCUGUCAUGAAGUGGAAGACGGUUCUGGCCGUGUUUGUGGUGGUAGUGGUGUACCUGGUGUGUGGCGGUCUGGCGUUCCGUGCACUGGAGCAACCCUUCGAGAGCAACCAGAAAGUCACCAUCACACAAGAGAAGGCCUUGUUUCUGCAGAGGAACCCCUGUGUUUCCCCAACAGAGCUUGAGGCCCUUAUUAAGUAUGCAGUAGAUGCUGUCAGUGCAGGAGUGAGUCCCAUUGGAGACACAUCCUAUAACUCCAGUCACUGGGAUCUCGGCAGUGCUUUCUUCUUCGCUGGAACCGUCAUCACUACAAUAGGCUAUGGCAACAUUGCCCCCAGCACCGAGGGUGGAAAGAUUUUCUGCAUCCUCUACGCCAUAUUUGGCAUCCCUCUGUUCGGCUUCCUAUUGGCGGGAAUUGGUGAUCAGCUCGGGACCAUGUUUAUGAAGAGUAUUCUAAAAGUGGAAAAAAUCUUCAGGCAAAAACACAAGCAAAUCAGCCAGACUAAAAUCCGCGUUACCUCCACAAUUCUCUUCAUUCUGGCUGGUUGCAUCGUGUUUGUCACCAUUCCAGCGGUGAUCUUCAAACACAUCGAGGGAUGGAGUACUCUAGAAGCCAUUUACUUUGUUGUCAUUACUCUUACGACUGUCGGCAUUGGAGAUUAUGUUGCAGGUGGGGAUCGAAAAAUCGAAUACAUGAAAUGGUACAAGCCUCUGGUUUGGUUCUGGAUUUUGGUGGGUCUAGCGUAUUUUGCAGCAGUUCUCAGCAUGAUCGGAGACUGGCUCAGGGUUCUAUCCAAGAAAACUAAAGAAGAGGUACGACUUGUUGGCGGGUUUAAGGCACAUGCGGCUGAAUGGAAGGCAAACGUUCGUGCAGAGUUGCGCGAGACACGGCGUCGUCUCAGCGGCGAGAUCCACGACAAACUGCAGCGUGCUGCCACCAUCCGCAGCAUGGAGCGCCGCCGUUUGGGUCUGGAGCAGCGCGCUCACUCGCUGGACAUGCUGUCGCCCGAAAAACGAGCUGUUUUCGCUAGUCUGGACACCGGGCGCUUCAAGACGUCGUCGCAGGAGAGUAUCGACACUAAACUGAACAACCUCCGACUCAAAGUUGAGCGCAGUGACCAGCAGACAACCUCCGAGGAAAACAUCUUCAACCGCUUCGGCUCGCUCACCAAAUUGGCCAAACGCAACAGGAGCAAAGACCUCCGCAGGAAUAUUCCGGAUGAUGCGAGCAGAGCGGGUGACGUUCUCAGCAGUAACAGCAGUAACGUGACGCUGGGCGAGGAGAGGAGAGAGGAGGAGGAGGAAGAGGAGGUGGAGGAGGAGAAGAUGGGAAAGGAGGCCAACACGAGCUUCACAUGUUUACCUCACUAUUCUGAGGAACCCAAACAGCAGAACGGUUUUGAACCCGCUCAGACCAAAGAACAAGAGAGGAACAAAAGACUCGAGAUGAAAGAACAUCAACCGUAGGAUCAGAUCAUCAGAUCAGACAUCGGAAGGCAAAGUGUUAAAGGAAUAGUUUGCCCGAAAAUGACAAUUUUGACAUUUUCUCACCCCUGUGUUGUUCCGAACCCGCAUGGCCGGGUCUAAGGGGGGGAACUGGAUGUCAGAAAUUGUGCCUUUCUGUUUAGUCUGCUGUGGCUGCUGUUGAUAUUCACUGUGCCCAAAUUAAGACAAUUUCCUAAUUGCCAAAAAUGUGAAAGGUACACAGAGACGUCAAGGAUUACAGACUUUUAAAACAUGAGGAAUGAUUGCUCUUUAAAUGACAGGUGGAGAUUUUCUGGACUGCUUUUGCUGUUUUCCAUAGCAGAUUUACAGUAAAUUUCAGAGUCUGUGAUCUAUGAAGAAUGUUCAAGGGGGGAUAGCACGAUUAAUUCUUUGGAAACUGUUUUAGAUUUGGUUGAAAGAAUUUAAGGGAUUCUACAAGUUUCUUGUAGGAAUGUUCUGGGUUCGAUAUGUUAAGCUCUUUCCGCAGAGGCACGUUUUGACAUACCGCUCAGUUUUUAAAAAACAAACAAAAAUCGUGUUUACAUUAAUGCACAGUAUGAACAUCUAUGCCACAGUUGAUAGUAGGACUGCACGAUUAUGACGAAAAUCAUAAUUGCCGAUUAUUUCCUUUGAUAUUGUAAUUGCGAUUAAAAUUUACAUUAAAAUACUUAUUUUGUGUGGGGCAGUUGCAUGCCAUAUUUUUAUGUAGGCUAUGCAUCUAAACAACUUGAGAACUAUGUUCCUGAAUUGCUUUAAUAUUUUAAUUGUAUGUAAAAUAAAAAGUGUUAUUCACAUUUUUUGAUAAAUUGUACACAGUAGCAUUACUGAUACGCCUAAUUUAAACGCGUCAGAUUUGCCUCUGUGUAAUAGCCAGCUGGUACAUGAUAGCUGUACAUUGUGUAAGCCUCACUGUCCUGGCCUUAAGAGAUGCACUAGCGACCGAAGCUAGAUGCCAUGGCUUUUAUAGCCUCCUUGUUAGCAUGUCCAGCUCCAAUGCCAUAGAUUGCCGGUUCGAAUCCUCUGGGCGGGUCCAGUAGGACCGGUGACAUCUGCAUUCAUGCACACAAUGGCCCAAAAAAUAUGCUGUAAAUAGAAAACAUUUAUGUGCAAUGGGAGUACACAUAAAUGGAAUGCUGUAAUUGACACUUUUCAUGAUUAUAUAAUUGCGAUAGCUGUAAUUAUAAUCUCUUUUUUAUUAUUAUUAUUAUUAUUAAUUGUGCAGCCCUAGUUGAUAGAGUUUGGCAUAUAUUGAACCCAGAACAUUCCUUAAACGGCACUCAAAAAACAAAACAAACAAACAAACAAACAAAAAAAACAUUUAUCCUAUUUUCAAGAUUGACGAAUUUCAAUUUUAUAACAGACUGCCAUCAGACUGAAUUGUGAAAUGUUAAAUGAGUAAACUAUUAUUUAAAAUGAAUGAAUGAAUUAAAAUAUUUGGGGUUUUCCAUUUUAAUUCAUUAAAGAUUAUUCAACUCUAUUUGACAGAAUUUUGUUAUGAAGUUGGAAAUGCGAAAAUUUAAAAUUCUUAUUUUGAGUGAACGAUUCAUUCACAGCUGUCAUUUAAAUGCUGCGUUCACCCUUCUGCAGAAGUGUGGAGCUCUAUACACAUAUCAACAUGUCAAGCAUUUUUUGAUCACAAAAUGACUGGAUUCAAAGCCAUAUUGAUCUUAGACCAGUGUUCCCAUUGAAUCACAAGCCAAAAAAAACUGCAAUGAAUGAAGAAUAUGUUGCAGAACUGUUCUGAUCAAAUCUGUUAUCUUCAGUAUCUGUAAAAAUGUCUAUUAGGAAUGAUACAACACCAAUUUUAACCAAAAACUACAGGCUGUUCCCUAUACUUUGCCACCUGCUCAUUUUAUUUUGUAUUCAGAUCACUUUUUGUGUGUUUUGGGUUCGGAAUUAUGCUUUAAAAUAUUUUUAAAAAGCCUUUUUUUUUUUUUUUUUUUUUUUUGUUUUGUUCUAACAAUAUAUAAUUUCCAUUGAAUGUGGAUUGGAUCAGUUGAACACACGACAGGACAAAAUUUUCAUGGAGCCACAAUGAAAGAUAAAUACAAAAAGAUAAAAAGAUGAAAAAUUUUAUUAAAUAAAAAAGAGAUAUCAUGACAAUUGAAAUGGGGAAAAAAGGUUAUUUUGCACUUCUAAAACAUUUUAAUACAUCUGUUUUUGCGGUUCUAACAUAGAACAUUACAAAUGUAUAUUAUGCAUAUUCGACAAGCUUUACUUUUUUGGAUUUAAUUUAUUUCGGUUAGUUUUUUUAUAUUAAACACAGUAAAAGAAAUAUUAUAAACUUUAUACCAUGCAAUAACUUUACAUAAUUAUAAAUAAAUGAUUGUUUUUUUUAUAUCUAUGUUUUCACUCAACUGAUAUGCCAAUAUAUAUAUACUGUUUUUUUUGUUUUCCCCUUUUCUCCCCAAUUUGAAUGCUCAAUUCCCAAUGCGCUCUAAGCCCUUGUGGUGGUGUAGUGACUCGCCUCAAUCCGGGUGGCGGAGGAUGAAUCUCAGUUGCCUCCGCGUCUGAGACCGUCAGUCCGUGCAUCUUAUCACGCAGCUUGUUGAGCGCGUUACCGCGGAGACGUAGCGUGUGUGGAGGCUUCACGCUAUUCUCCGCGGCAUCCACGCACAUCUCACCACGUGCCCCACCGAGAGCGAGAACCACAUUAUAGUGACCACGAGGAGGUUACCCCAUGUGACUCUACCCUCCAUAGCACCCGGGCCAAUUUGGUUGCUUAGGAGACCUGAAUUCAAACUCGCGACUCCAGGGGUUAUAGUCAGCGUCUUUACUCACUGAGCUACCCAGGCCCUCCUAUGCUGAUGGUUUUAAUUUGGUUAAUAAUUGGCCAAUAAUUUUCAGUGACAGAUACAUCGGUGCAGCCAUACUGUUUGUUGAACGGCCAACAGUUAAUGAAUCUCAUUAACAGAUAUUGAGGUAAUUGAGCAUUUCUGUCCCAAGCGCAUAACUCAGUUAUUGCAUAGCCUGUAAAACAGUUCUAAAUAACGACAUCAUUUUUAUGUUCACAGAAUGUCUUCCAUCAGAACUCUUCAUUAUUAAUAGAGAGGCUUACGAAACAAUACAGAACAUUUCUCACGGAACCACAAUUUUAAAGGCAAACAUGUGAGCACACAAAUGUAAAUUUCAGUAAAGAAAGCAUGUUGAUAAAAUGAUGUAAACGUCACAGUGAUCUGAACACAUUUCCUGUUACAUCUCAACAACAUUAUGAUAAUGUCAUGCUCUCUGUCAUCAUGGUGAUCACAUGAAUAGUUGUACAAACAGUACAUCAAAUGUAAUGAGUGCCUUUUGGAAAAUAAAUCAUGAAAUGUGGUUUCGUUUCACCAUGUAGCCCUUAAUGACCCAGAUGUUUCAUUUGUGCUUUUAGCACUUUUUCCAGAAUAUAUUUACUUAUAAUUCACAAAUGUUGCACUACAUUUUUUACAACAAUAAAACUAGACUCAGAUUGGAGGAGGGACCCGAGCCAUAUCUGAGCCCAGAAUAUUAUUAUUAUUAUUAUUAUUAUUAUUAUUUUAUAUUUACUGAAAGCUUAAAACAGUACUUGAAAUCUCAGGAUGUAGGUUAAAAAAAUAACUCUGGGGUUCAGUAGACGAUAUAUAUAUAUAUAUAUAUAUAUAUAUAUAUAUAUAUAUAUAUAUAUAUAUAUAUAUAUAUAUAUAUAUAUAUAUGGCUUUGGAGUUCAAGUCAAGUCAUGUUUAUUUCUAAAGUGCAUUUAAAAACAACAAUGGUUGACCAAAGUGCUGUACAAUAGCAUCUUAAAAAGAUAAUAAUAAAGCAUAAAAGCAUAGUCACAUCAUGGCCUAUAGAAUUAUGGUAAAUUAUACGCCAAGGAAAAUAAAUAUGUUUUAAGCAUGGAUUUAAAAGCUGACAGGGAAGGAGCAGUUAUGAUAGGUGCCGGCAGGCUGUUCCAAAGCUUUGGGCCAGUAAUCAAAAAUGCUUGAUCACCUCUGUGCUUCAGCCUGGUUCUAGAAACAGACAGAAAGUCACGUUCCCCAGAUCUAAGGGAUCUAAUUGGAUUAUGCGGGUGCAGCAAAUCAGAGAGAUAUUGAGGUGCCUGGUUGUUCAGAGAUUUAUAUACAAAUAAUAAAAUCUUAAAAUCGACUCGGAAUCUGACAAGUGCAAAGAGAUCAAGAUGGGAGUAAUAUGUUCAUGUUUAUGACUACCCUGUAAGAGUCGAGCCGCAGCAUUUUGGACCAUUUGUAGGUGAGAAAGUGAUGAUUGGUGCACACCAGAACAUAGGGAGUUACAGUAGUCUAGGCGCGAAGAAAUAAAAGCAUGAAUCACGAUUUCAAAUUGUUUGCCCGAAAGAAAAGGUUUAGUUUUUGCUAAGCGACGUAGGUGGAAAAAACUCGAUCUAACCAGGUUGUUAACUUGUUUAUCGAACUUAAGCCUACUGUCAAAAAAAAAAGUCCUAAUUUCUGAAAUAUGGAGCGAGAUUACCAAGUUCAAAGUUAUUUACAUUUUUAGUCUCAUUAGCUCCAAACAAAAUGAGUUUCAUUCUCAUUUAGGUGCAGGAAAGUAUUCGUCAACCAGGUUUUUAAUUCCUGCAGACAAGCUAAAAGAGGGUCAUGGGUGGAUUUGUCAAGGUGCUUCAGAGGCAAAUAGACCUGAGUGUCAUCCGCAUAGCAAUGAUACAACACUCCGUAUUUGUUAAAAAUAGAACCCACAGGUAGCAUGUAUAAGGAGAAUAAAACUGGGGCAAGAAUCGAGUCUUGAGGCACACCACGGGAAAGGUGCGCCACAGAAGAGGUGUGCUGGCCCACAGUGACAGAGAAGCUUCUGUUGGAAAGAUAGGACCGAAACCAAUUCAGAACUGUUCCUCGCAUACCAACAUAAAGCUUUAAGUGUGAGAUUAGAAUAUUGUGGUCAACCAAAUUAAAUGCUGAACUAAGAUCUAAAAGCACCAGAGCCAUGGUGUUCCCAGAAUCAGUUGUCAUUAAGAUGUAAUUUUGUACUUUUAAUAAAGCAGAUUCUGUACUAUGGAGAGCUUUGAAACCAGACUGAAAAGGUUCAAGGACAGAAUUUGUGUUUAAGAAGGUUUGCAGCUGAGUUAAAACCACUUUUUCCAUAAUUUUGGAAACAAAAGGCAAAUUCGAGAUAGGGCUAAAAUAAAAUACUCAAAGCAUUGUUAGUUAUAAAGUUAUAUACAAUACUGAGAUCUACCACUAUAGUUUCCACUAACAUCAUUUGCAUUCUUCUAACAUUUUCAGGACAUGAAAUGGUCAAAUUGAUGCACUGCUGUAAACAAGAGGAAGCAAAGCUGUGAAUCUACACUCUUAUUUGUGAAGACAUAAGUGUGAGAGUCAGGACAUUAGCCUCUUUUUGAGGAGCGUUGAUUUUAUUUUGUUAUCUUCAGGUGAGAUGUCUCACUGUGCGGGUUAAACUUGUGAAGUCUUACACUCAGUUCUUGUCGGCUGUGUUGCAAUAAAUUAGAGAUGGAUUGAACAUUCAGUUGCUCACUUACACACAUACUGCUAGAGUGCUUAAGAAGACUGUAAUCUGCUCUAUCAUGGAAAAACGAAUCAUGUCAGCAGAACUGGGGAGCAGCUGUCAACUGCACAAUUAAAGAAAAUGGUGGAUGUGUCCAAAGUUGAAGUAACCUCCACUUUGUAGCUGAUGGGUGGUGGUGGACUGGUCAUGGCUCCACCUUUAAUCAUGUCAUGGUUGAGUUCUCAUUGGCUCAUUUACAGUGUAUGUCCUCAGUUAGGCGGUCAAGAUAGUAAAUAUGGUGCCAUUGAACCGUGACAUCACAUGGGAAUCUUUAGUAGUGCUCAUGAUUAUAGCAUUGUGGAUUUAUUGCCUUUAGAGGGAAAAUUGGAUAUGAAAACAGGGUAGGUGGUCGCCUUCUGGGCCAAGUCAUUCUUAAACACUAUUGAAUGUUCUUGGCUACAUAAAUGGAUAGUUGAUUCAUAACUUGUCCAUUUUUUCAAAACCAAGAUAAUUAUUAUUAUUUUUAUAUGAAUGUAUAAGGGAAAGUAUAUAUUUUAGGUCCUGUAACUCCUACCUAAUGUUGUGUUACUUUAAUCCAAUUGGAAUACAAUUCAUUGACUUUGUUCACACAUGGUAUCUGAAAACACACACACACACACUUUGUUACACUUUUGUGUUCCUGGUCAAAAAUGACCGGCCAUUGGAAAUGAAUUGAUUAGACUACAAAAUACAGAAAUAUUAAGUGUUCAGGAGCAUCUCAAUCCUUUAGAUGAGCACGUACUGUAUAGUAUGUGGAUGCGUGUAUGCACACACAAAGUCCUCGGACAUGUGCACAUGCACGCACGCACACACACACACACGGUGUAUUUGCAAAAUACAUUUUUACUAUGAAAAGUUUGAAAUUACAAAAUGUUUACUCUUGUGUGGAAUGAAAGAAGACUUCUCAAAUGAUUAAUGUGAUUAAUUCACAUGAAUACUAUCAGUUUUAAGGCCAUGAAUGAAUAAAAUACAGUAAAAAGUGUCAUUUACAUUUAUUCAUUUAUAAGAGGCUUUUAUGCAAAGCAACAAGUGGGAUAAUGCAAAUUUAUUUGCUCAAUUUUGCUAAAUUUUCUUGAAGCAAUUUCUUUUUUUCUUCUAGAUUUUGUAUUGAAAUAUGACCAGUACAUGUUCUUGACAGGUUAUGCAAGAUUGACCCAGUCAGGUUUUGCAAAAAAUUUCAGUCUGCUGUGCUACAGUACAUUUGAUGUUUUGAUCUAUUCUAUUUUAAUGUUACAUAAAUACUCAAUGCAUGGAAAUCUGUUGUUGAAAUUGACAUUGGAAUGAAAGCUUGAAUGCACUUGUAGUCUACCCGGGCAGUUGAACUUGACACAUAAUUGCAUUUCCCUAUCUGUCACUCACUCGAAGUUUUGUCGAUGUAGUGACACUAAGGGU